GACAUAGUUUUAAAACAGUUUUCGUUAACUACCGACUGUAAGACAAUAGGGCAAGCUUUGUUGCUACACACCGGAAUCUUCAUAUAAAACAACGCGCGUUGUUAGGUUUCUCACUUUUGCAAUCUUCUGUUGAAAUAUGAGGGAAAUUGUACAUCUUCAGGCUGGUCAGUGUGGAAAUCAGAUCGGUGCAAAGUUCUGGGAAGUUAUCUCAGAUGAGCACGGUAUUGACCCCACCGGAACCUACCAUGGAGAUUCUGAUUUACAAUUAGAAAGGAUCAACGUCUACUUCAAUGAAGCUACAGGAGGAAAAUAUGUACCACGUGCUAUCCUGGUCGAUUUGGAGCCUGGUACAAUGGAUUCAGUUAGGUCUGGACCAUUUGGCCAGAUCUUCAGACCGGACAACUUUGUUUUCGGACAGAGUGGAGCCGGAAACAAUUGGGCUAAGGGACAUUACACUGAAGGCGCUGAGCUGGUUGAUUCCGUUCUUGAUGUUGUCCGAAAGGAAGCAGAAGGUUGCGACUGUCUUCAAGGAUUUCAACUAACACACUCACUUGGUGGUGGAACCGGAUCAGGCAUGGGAACUCUCCUUAUCUCCAAAAUCCGUGAGGAAUACCCUGAUAGAAUAAUGAACACAUUUUCAGUUGUACCAUCACCAAAGGUAUCAGAUGUAGUUGUGGAACCAUACAAUGCCACCUUAUCCGUUCAUCAACUGGUUGAAAAUGCCGACGAAACUUUCUGUAUCGACAACGAAGCUCUGUAUGAUAUUUGCUUCAGAACUUUAAAACUGACUACUCCUACCUAUGGAGAUCUCAAUCAUCUUGUCUCAGCAACAAUGUCAGGUGUCACAACCUGUCUGAGAUUCCCAGGUCAGUUGAAUGCAGAUUUACGAAAACUUGCUGUAAACAUGGUUCCAUUUCCACGUCUCCAUUUCUUCAUGCCAGGAUUCGCUCCCCUGACAUCACGUGGUAGCCAACAAUAUAGGGCAUUGACUGUACCGGAACUGACGCAACAAAUGUUUGAUGCAAAGAACAUGAUGGCUGCAAGUGAUCCCAGACAUGGUCGAUAUCUGACAUGUGCCUGCAUGUUCCGUGGUCGUAUGUCCAUGAAGGAGGUUGACGAACAAAUGUUGAACGUCCAAAAUAAAAACAGCAGCUACUUUGUUGAAUGGAUCCCCAACAAUGUGAAAACAGCGGUCUGUGAUAUUCCACCACGUGGUUUGAAGAUGUCUGCAACUUUUGUUGGCAACAGCACUGCUAUCCAGGAACUCUUUAAGAGAAUAUCAGAACAAUUUACCGCUAUGUUCCGUCGUAAGGCUUUCUUGCAUUGGUACACUGGUGAGGGUAUGGAUGAAAUGGAGUUUACUGAAGCCGAAUCGAAUAUGAAUGAUCUAAUUUCGGAAUACCAGCAAUACCAGGAUGCAACAGCAGAAGAGGAAGGAGAAUUCGAAGAUGAAGAAGAGGAGGCUGAGGAAAUGUGAACAUAAAUUAUGACCUCUGCAGAAAAGACAGAUUUUAAAUAGCUUAUAGCCAUAGAGGAAGAUAACA